GCGACAGUGCGAGGACAGUGUUGAUUGGAUCAGGACGCUAUACUCAGACUGCUGUGCUUGGCCCAAAGCUUGGUGGUUCGCCAUGUUGCUUGUUGGAAACCUAGAUAGGUAGCUUGAGGUUGAGACCUGCUGCCGCAAAACCGACACAUGCCACCAAGUCGUUGGAGGCGCUCUGGGGUAACUUGAGAGAGAUGGAAUAGCGGCUCGUGAGCAAUGCUGAUGUUUCAAAAACAAAAAGAAUCACAAACAAAAAUGAUACAUGUCUCAAAAGGUGGUUACACGAACUUGGUCCACGAGAGCUGAUCACUUUUUGAGUGCUUAGAAGACAGCGAUAAGUAUGUGUGCGCUCCUUGGUUUGCGAACAUGGACGCUAAUCAGGCUUCCAAUGGUGCGGCAGAAAGUGUAGUGCCACCAGCAGAUCAGGCGCCUGCUGAUGCACACCAGGGUGCCAAUAUGAAUGGGCCCGAAGAGGAGAACCUGCUGGAUGCUGUGGGAGAUUCUGCAACAAGGGACACCGAAGCCGAAGAUGAGAUUGAUGAGUGGGAGCUGGGCGAUAGUUAUCGUCGGUCAAGAAGAAAGCGCACUCCGCAGGGGGAUGUGUACUCUGCGGCAAGAAGUGGAGACGUUGACCGCCUCAAGUACUUGCUCCACGAGGAGGGGGUGGAUAUCAACGCCCGCGACAAGUGGGACAGCACCCCCCUCUACUACGCCUGCCUCGCCGGCCAUGAAGACAUAACAAUGAUCUUGUUGGAGGCGGGGGCUGUCUGUAGCGAGUACACAUUUGACGGCGACCGCUGCCACUACGCUGCCCUCAACCUGCGCAUCCGCGAGAUUCUGAAAGCCUACGAGCAGCGCCCCCCUCCCCUGGACCCUCUACAACUAGACCUCCGGGAAUGCUUCCCCCCCGAGGGGGAUCCCUGUUGGCCGCCCGACAUCACGUUCUCGUUCCUCGGGUCAGAUCGCACUGUCGGCGCACACCGCGCGAUCCUGGCCGCUCGUUCCCCGUAUUUCUCGGCGGCUUUUGCGGGCAAGUGGCGGGGGCGAGACGAGGUUAGAUUAGCGAGCCCGCGGUUAAGUUACUCGGCGCUGGUGUCGCUGUUCCAGUUCUUCUACACGGACCGGUUAGACGUGGCGGUGGACGAAAUGGAGGACCUCGCGCGGAUCUGUCGACAGUGCCGGCUGCCGGAGCUGCGGGAGAAACUAGAGGCGGAGAAGAACCACCAAAAGUACUCCGACAUGAAGUGGCACCGCCUGCACCAGAACCUGCAGCGCCGAUUCGUGCUUCAGGCGUCCUCCCUUUCCGAGCCCGCCCGCUUGAACGCCUGCCUGGGCAACAUCCUCCGUCGCACUGGCGGGCUCGCAGCAACUUCUGACGUCAUCACUGACCGAGUGGGCGACCUCGACUUCUCCGACGCUGCCACGCCAUCAUCUUCCCGCGACGACUUUGCCGAUGUCAUCCUGGCAACGGGCGCGGCCCGCAAAUUCCGGGCGCACAAAGUGGUUCUCGCCGCGCGCUCUGAGUACUUUCGUGCGCGGCUCAGCCGCACCGAGGGGUUUAAGGAGGGGUUAGUCCCUGACCCGGACGGGUCAACGUUGCCCGUCUUGACACUGAAUGACGUCAGCCCCGAGGCGCUCGAGACGGUGUUCGAGUACAUGUACACAGACAGGGUGACGUCAGUGGAUCCGGGUUUGGUGGUGGAAGUUUUAGACGCGGCGUCGCAGUUUCUGCUGUUUCCGCUGAAGCGUGCCGUGGCCGAUGCGCUGCUGCCGGGGUUAGAGGCGGCGAAUGUGGACGAGCUGUGCCACUGGCUCUUGGUCGCCGACAUGUACGGCGUCGCACGGUUACGAGAGUUUUGCCUCAACGCUAUGGCGAACAACUUUGAGGCGUUUGCCUCAAGCGCAGCUUUCCAGGCCAUGGUUAAGGAGCUGCCGCCGCUAACCGAGUUCGUUGACGCAACGAUCCGGCCGAACAAGCCGGAAGUGGCGGUGCCACGAGGAACGGAAGAGCGGAACGAGGAGAGCACGAAUGUACUGGAGGACUUGCGGGAGAAGUGGUUGGAGUUUGAGGGGGGCGAACUAGAGGAGCGGGACAAGCACGCAGCCGAGUUCGAUCGGCGGAUGACCGAUUUGAGAAACAUGGACCCCAGAGAACCUUCAGAUUUUUCCAGUGCUGAUUGAUAGAGUGUGUACCUGGGUUUGUUGCUUGAAUUGAAUCCAUUGCAUGCUGGCCGAGCGCGCUGAAGGUAGAUGAAGCCUUGAAGCUGCC